CAUGCGCGGCAGGUAAGCGUGUAUUGAUAUUGAUUAGGUGAUUGAUGAGCUGCGGCCGGUGAUUAGAGACGCUACGGCGACGCGAGAGCCUCCUGUUUCAAAUACUGUCCGGUAAAAUCCGCUCGGUCUGUACAGUUUAGUGACGGUUUGAGUGGCGGGUUCAGUGACUGGUUUAGUGGCGGGUUUACAGCAGCGUGGAGUUAGGAUGCAGAGACGUGGGUCGAUGUGUGAACUUUGCCCCCUGAUCGCCACCAUCAUCAUACACCUGGUGGUCUGGGUCCAAUCCCAAACGGUAAAUGAAUAUGAUGCUCACAUGAAUACAGGCUUUAGAGCUCUGGAGGGAAGUGCGUUCUUCGCCCUGCGGAGCUGCCACCAGACCCUCGGCGGCGACAGCGGCGAGUUCUUCUCCCCCGACUACCUGUGCUCAAGCCCCGCCCUCUGGUGCAACUGGACCAUCCAGGUGCCUCGUGGGAAACGAGUGAAGCUGUACCUGGAGGACCUGACGCCGGAUUACACCUGCCACUUGAAGAUGGACCAGAUCCACCUGGACGAGUCUCCGGUGGCGGCCGGAGGAGCGCAGAUUCUGGAGAGGUGCUGGCAGAGUGCCAGGUACACCUCCAUCUCCAACACGGUGCACGUGGUGCAGCUCAUCGGUCCCAACCCGAACCCACCUCACCGGGGGUUUUACGCACAGUACCAGGCUUUUGGACCUGUGGAACCUCCUCCUGCGCCCACGGUCGGUGACCCAGGUACAACUACAGUGAAGGGAGAUUCACAGGAGGAAGAUGUUGAAGAUGAAGAUGAAGAAGAAGAAGAAGAAGAAGAAAAAGAAGAAGAAAAGGUAACUGUAGAAAUGACACCAGCUCCUAAUGAGAUGGAGCAUAUAGACAAUGCCCUGAUAGAAAGUGUGGACGUCAAUGGAGUCACCCACCCCUGGACCAAUGAGCUUCCUGCAGCAGGAAUAUGGGAGAAGAACCCUGGAGAGGUCCGGAAAACCAGGGGAGGGGCUGAAGACCAGGCUGCUGGUGUUGUAGAAGAAGUGCUUGAUUACAUACCUGCGGAUGAAGACACUCCUGAGCUCUUUGUACCUGUGUACACCACAGCAACCACUGCGGCGUCCCCUGGUACCACUCCGGUCCUGUCCGCUGUAGAUAAACACCAGCCCGCACAGCUUAGCCCGGAGUCUAUACAGCCUCCUGCAUCUGCUCCAGCCGGAGCCGAGCAUCACACCCCUCCAGAUCUGCAGGAUGUAGAGGAUCUGAUCUUUGUGGAGAUACCCCUGGUGGACGGCGGUGGAACGUUCCAGGCUGGUGCUGUAGAUCUGGAGGAGAGUGUGAAGGAGAGCAAAAUUCAGCCGAAUUCGUCAGGAAAGCCCAAACCGUCUCACAGGACUAAAGGACGUACUCGCCCAGUCCAGACCGGCCAACACCAGGCUGAACCUCCACACCUUCCAGGGGGAGUCUUGCUGGAAGUGAGCGUUGAGGUUGGUGUUCACCAUGCUCACAGAGAGAGCUGGGAUCGUAUAAGAGACUCCUUUAGGACUGAAGUACAGCACAUGAUUGAGACGCAUUUGGAAAACCACCAGUUGAAGAGCGUUUCAUCUAAAAGAUCUAAAAGGCUGAGUGAUGGAGUAUUACUGAUCCUGUGGGUGCAGUUCGGGUCGGGGCAGAAUGAAGAGCUCCAGUCCACCCUGCAGAACCUGAAGGGGAAAAGCAUCAAACCUCACGGCGCCAACAGCCACGGAACCGUCUCCUCCAUCUCUGUAGAGGAUAUUAAUGAGUGUGAGACGCGGUUGGUCAUGUGCGACGUCAACGCGGAGUGUGUGAACGAGUUCGGUUCUUAUUCGUGUCAUUGUCUGCAUGGUUACAGUCCAGGCCUGGGUGGGGCGAUGUGUGUGGAUCCUAAAACUGAAGACUGCAGCAGGGCUUCGUUUCCCGAGCUCCUCUAUGUGGUGUGUGUUCUGCUGGGGUUCCUCAUAGCUCUGCUGCUGCUGGUGCUGGGUGUGAUUUACCGCCGGUACCACCGGGGGGCGUUCCUGCCUCACUGCCACAGCAGCAGCACCAGGAGCUUCACCGCGGCCGCCAGCGACGCAAACAAUAACAGUAACUCAGAUUGUGGUUUAAAUGGUGGUUCAGACCCCUGUUCCUCCAGACCACUGCCUCCCCCACCACCCCUCCGGCUGCCCAGAGAACCCCCCAACUCCCUGGACCUACCCCUGCUCAAGUUCACCCCUCUAGCGCCCUCUGGGGGAUUCGAGGCUAAACUGCAGAGCGAGAAAGAUAAGCUUUGAGCUGAAACUGAACUGCACUGUGGAAUAUGGUGAAAGAUGCACUUAAUUUAGUAAUUUGGGUGUGAAAAACUUAAAUAUCGCACUUCAUGAAAUAUUUACUGUGGUUGUUUUUGGAUUAAUUAUUUUUUUGUACAUAUAUAUGAAUGUAUAGACUAAUUAUGCAUGUCUUAUGUUAUGAGAAUUUCAUAACUGUAUUUUUGUUGUUUAGUUUCUCUUGCGUUUGGUUUGUGCAGAUAUUGUAAAAUGUAUGUAUAUAUUUGUCUCUCCUUCCAAAAAGAGCAAAAUAUGAACUAUAAUAACUAUAA